AUGGCUACUCAGCAGCUUUUACAGACCAGGCAAAAGAAAAAGUCCUCUAAGGAAUCAGUGGUGUUCCCCAACAAAGUCUCCACGGAGCAGCAGUCGGUGGUGCUGGUGAAACAGCUGCUGGCCAUCUCUGUGUCCUGUAUCACCUACAUGAGGGGGCUGUUCCCAGAGAGCUCCUAUGGAACUCGUUAUUUAGAUGACCUCUGUCUAAAAAUUCUCCGAGAAGAUAAAAGCUGUCUGGGAUCGCUGCAGAUAGUCAAGUGGCUUCAAGGUUGUUUUGAUGCUUUGGAGAGGCAGUAUUUACACAUCGCCGUGCUGGCAAUUUACACCAAUCCCAAGGAACCGGAGACAGUGACUGAACUGUAUCAGUUCAAGUUCAAGUACAUAAAGGAGGUGCCCCAGAUGGACAUCAUCAGCAACCAAGUGAAUUUGGAGGGGAACUGCAGCGAGGACAUUAAACAGGCCAGCAGGCUCCUGCUCCGCAAGCUCUACCUGCUCAUGCAGAACCUUGGGCCACUUCCCAAUGACAUCACCCUGACCAUGAAGCUCCUCUACUACAGUGAUGUGACUCCAGAAGAUUAUCAGCCCCCUGGCUUUAAGGAAGAUGGCAGCCCUGGUGACCUGCUGUUUGAUGGUGACCCUGUCAACCUGAGGGUAGGAUCAGUCUCCACUGGCUUCCACCUCAUGAAGGUGAGAGUGACAACUGAAAAGAAAAGAAUGGCAACAGUAGAGAGCAGCCUGAUCCAGAAGAAGGGCCCUACUGAGAUCUCCCAUCAAGGCUUAGACUGUGAUGAAGAGGAAGAGGAGGGCAGCACUAAGAAUCACCCUCUCCCCAUCAGAGCAGAUUCAAGUGAGCAUGGACAGGACAAAAGUGAGGCCCAUCCAGGCUGGAAAAUGGAAACAUCUUCUUACCUUCAAGAUACAGGUGGAGAGAAGCUGACAGGAGUAAAGGAGAUGGGCAGGAUGCAGCAGGCCAAUUGCUCUGCAAGCUGCCAUGACAGAAAGCAGUUGAAGGGUGAAGCCUACCAUGUGCAGAGCAAGAGGAGAGCAUUUUUCUGUGGCAAUGUCAUCAUCUUGAACUUUUGCAGAAAAGCAAAAAAAGCAAAAAAAAAAAAAAAAAAGAAGAAAAUGCAAGGUUUAUCUCUAACUGUCUAUCAAGAGCUGUAUCUGAUGAGAAGUUCCCAGAACAUUUUCUCCUCCAAACCAGCUGAGGCUACACAGCCCCAAACAACGAAGAGAACAAGAUUCAGAGAUGAGCUUGCCUCUCUCCUUCCUGUGAGCUGGGAGGAGUGA